AUGGCAGAAAAUCCUGAUGUUCCCAACGAGAAAAAGGCCUUUGUGCCGCUAGAAAAUAACCCCGAGGUGAUGUCACAUCUUGUCCACCAACUCGGUCUCCCAACAACAUUUGGCUUCACAGACGUCUACUCCAUCGAUGAACCCGAUCUCCUCGCCUUUGUACCGCGCCCCGCCCACGCUUUACUCCUUGUGUUCCCCGUCUCCAAAACAUAUGAAGACUCGCGCAUCGCUGAAGAUACUCCGCUACCCGAAUACGACGGCACUGGACCGGGCGAGCCUGUUCUCUGGUUCAAGCAAACCAUCCGCAACGCAUGCGGUCUUAUCGGUUUGUUACAUGCAGUCAGUAACGGCGAAGUACGAAACAAUGUUCUUCCAGGCUCCGAUCUAGAUAAUCUGCUACGUGAAGCCGAGCCGUUGAAACCGCUUGAACGGGCGGAUUUGUUGUAUUAUAGUAAAGCUCUGGAAGCCGCGCAUGCCGAUGCCGCAAAGUUAGGUGAUACCACUGCACCAGAUGCUGAGGAUCAAGUUGAUUUACACUUCGUUGCGUUUGUGAAGGGGAGGGAUGGUGACCUUUGGGAGAUGGAUGGACGUCGAAAGGGACCUUUGAAGAGGGGACAUCUUGGGCCGGAUGAGGAUGUGCUUAGUGAGACUGCUUUGGAACUGGGUCCGAAACGGUUCUUGAAGAAGGAAGCGGAGGGUGGGAAGGGUGAUUUGAGGUUUAGCCUGGUCAGCUUGGGGCCUGUUUUUGAUUGA